AUGUCGAGACGCGAAAUGAGCGCUUCGGACAGACCGAUGCGCACCACGAUCAACUACGACAAUGGCAAGACGCUCAUGGCCGAGGGACCUCAAGCCCUGCACGAACACGUCGCGUCUCGCGUGGGGAUCGCUCUUGGCGGAGACCUCCCACAGAUCGAGGUGCGCUUCAAAGACGUCUCGAUCACUGCGGACAUCAUGGUGAAGGGUGAGACCGACGUCAAGGUCGAGCUGCCCACGCUCCCGAACGAGCUCAUCACGGGCAUCCGGAGCUUGGGCGCCACCAAGCACUCGGUCAAGAAGCACAUCCUUCGGAACAUCAGUGGUGUCUUCAAGCCAGGCACCAUCACGCUCGUGCUCGGACAGCCAGGAUCAGGCAAGUCGUCGCUCAUGAAGCUGCUCAGCGGCCGCUUUCCAGCCGCCAAGAACAUCACGAUGGAGGGCGAGGUCACGUACAACGGCACCCCAGCCAACGAGCUGCUCACAUGUCUGCCGCAGUUUGUGUCCUACGUGACUCAGCGCGACAAGCACUACCCGUCCCUUACGGUGAAAGAGACGCUCGAGUUCGCGCACGCCUGUUGCGGUGGUGGUCUCUCCGAGCGAGCCGAGCGGCACUUUGUCAAUGGCUCACCGGAGGAGAACAAGGCCGCGCUCGAGGCUGCUCGCGCCUUGUUCAAGCACCACCCGGACAUCGUCAUCCAGCAGCUCGGACUCGACAACUGUCAGAACACCAUCGUGGGCGACGCCAUGAUCCGCGGUGUGUCGGGCGGAGAGCGCAAGCGCGUGACGACGGGCGAGAUGGAGUUCGGCAACAAGUACGUGAAGAUGAUGGACGAGAUCAGCACGGGACUCGACAGCGCCGCAACGUUCGACAUCAUCACGACGCAGCGCAGCAUCGCCAAGAAGUUCCGCAAGGCGAUCGUGAUUUCUCUGCUGCAGCCGUCGCCCGAGGUCUUUGAUCUCUUCGACGACGUCUUGAUCUUGAACGAGGGCUACGAAAUGUAUCACGGACCGAGGGCUGAAGCGCUAAGCUACUUUGAGAGCUUGGGCUUCAAGUGUCCUCCUCGUCGUGACGUGGCAGACUUCUUGCUGGAUCUUGGCACGGACAAGCAGGCGCAGUACGAAGUGCGCUCAGCUUCCUCCGCGAAAACCCCGCGCACGGCAGGCGAUUAUGCUGAAGUGUUCGCACGCUCCAUUAUUUACGAGCGUAUGAUGGAAGAGCUGCAUGGCCCGAUCGCUCCGAAGCUGAUUGAAGACAUGACAGAACACAUUAAGCCGAUCCCGGAAUUUCACCAGAGCUAUUGGAAUAGCACAGUGGCUGUGAUGCAGCGUCAGGUCAAGCUGACGGCACGAAACGUUCCAUUCCUCGCCGGUCGCUCUUUCAUGACUAUUUUGAUGGCGCUGCUGUACGCAAGCGUCUUUUACGAUUUUGAAGAGACGGACGCUCAACUUGUCAUGGGUAUGAUGUUCAACAGCGUCUUGUUUGUGUCGCUCGGACAACAGGCCCAGAUCCCGAUGUUCAUGGCAGCUCGAGAUGUGUUCUACAAGCAACGCCGAGCCAACUUCUUUCGGACUGUGUCGUUCGUCCUGUCGAACUCCGUAACUCAGCUCCCAUUGGGGUUGGCCGAAUGUUUGGUCUUUGGCUCCCUCGUCUACUGGAUGUGUGGAUACGUGUCAUCAGCCGGAGCCUUCAUCCUGUUUGAGGUCAUACUCUUCCUGACGAACCUAGCGAUGGCGGCGUGGUUUUUCUUCCUGUCCUGCGCUUCGCCAAACUUAAAUGUGGCGAACCCGGUGUCCAUUGUCUCCAUCUUGUUUUUCAUCCUGUUUGCUGGCUUCGUCAUCACGAAAGACCAGAUUCCGGACUACCUCAUUUGGAUCUACUGGAUCAACCCCAUGGCUUGGGGUCUUCGUGCGCUUGCUGUGAACCAGUACACUGAUUCCAGCUUCGACACCUGUGUGUACAAUGGUGUCGAUUACUGCGCCGACUACAACACGACCAUGGGAAAGUACUCACUGAGCACGUUCGAAGUACCAACCGAAGAAUCCUGGCUGUGGUACGGCUUGGCUUUCAUGGGCGUCACGUAUUUCCUCUGCAUGUCCUUGUCGUACGUUGCACUGGAGUAUCACCGAUUCGAGAAUCCCGAGAAUGUAUCGCUGGACACGGAGACCAAAGAAGGCGUGUCUGAUGAGUACGGUCUCGUUCAGACGCCACGAAACUUCGAAGGAAGAGAAGAGACGAUGGUGUCGGUAGUUCCUGCUAGCGAGAAGCUCUUCGUUCCAGUCACCAUCGCCUUCAAGGACCUCUGGUACAGCGUGCCGGACCCGUCAAACCCCAAUGGAACAAUCGACCUGCUUAAAGGUAUCAACGGAUACGCGAUGCCAGGUACCAUCACGGCACUCAUGGGAUCGUCAGGUGCCGGCAAGACGACGCUCAUGGAUGUUAUUGCCGGACGCAAAACGGGAGGAAAGAUCGGCGGCCAUAUCUUGCUUAACGGCGUCCCUGCCACUGACAUCGCUAUCCGACGCUCGACUGGGUACUGCGAGCAAAUGGACAUUCACUGUGAGUCAGCAACGAUCCGCGAGGCGCUCACGUUCAGUGCAUUUCUCCGCCAGGGCGCUGACGUUCCCGAUAGCUGCAAGUACGGCUCGGUGGAUGAAUGUCUGGACUUGCUUGAUCUGCAUCCGAUUGCCGACCAGAUCAUCCGCGGCAGCUCCGUGGAGCAGAUGAAGCGAUUGACGAUUGGUGUGGAGCUGGCAGCCCAGCCCAGUGUUCUCUUCCUGGACGAGCCUACGAGCGGACUGGAUGCGCGUUCCGCCAAGCUCAUCAUGGAUGGCGUGCGCAAGGUGGCGAACACGGGUCGGACUGUUGUGUGCACGAUCCAUCAGCCUUCGACGGAGGUUUUCAGUGUGUUCGACAGUCUGCUACUGUUGAAGCGCGGUGGUGAGACGGUGUUCGCGGGUGAGCUGGGUCAGAACGCGCGUGAGAUGAUCGCGUACUUCGAGUCCAUCGACGGUGUGGAGAAGCUGCCGGAGAACUACAAUGCGGCAACGUGGAUGCUGGAGGUGAUCGGUGCGGGUGUCGGCAACAGCAACGGUGCCAAGGACUUCGUGAAGUUCUUCCAGGAGAGCAGGCAGUUUGAGAUUUUGCAGAAGAACCUGGACCGUGAUGGUGUAGCCCGACCCUCGGCGGACUUGCCUGAAUUGAUAUUCACCGACAAGCGUGCCGCGACGGAACUGGUCCAGAUGCAGAUGCUGAUGCAGCGCGUGUUCCGCAUGUACUGGCGCACGGGAUCGUACAACCUGACCCGCUUUGGUCUCUUCCUCAUACUCGGAAUUAUCUUCGGUAUCACGUACGUCAGCGCUGAGUACGUAUCCUACGCCGGCAUCAACUCGGGCUUGGGCAUGCUGUUUUGCGUGACGAGUUUCCUCGGGUUCAUUGCUUUCAGCAGCGUCAUACCAGUGGCGUCCGAGGACCGUUUAUCGUUCUACCGCGAGCGCGCCUCUCAGACGUACAACGCGCUGUGGUAUUUCGUGGCCAUCACCGUGGUGGAGAUCCCGUACGUCUUCUUUGGCACAAUGCUCUUCGUCGCGCCGUACUUUCCAAUGGUCGGGUUCACCGGGGCGGAUACGUUUUUCGCCUUCUGGGUUCAUCUGUCCAUGCACUUGCUGUGGCAGACUUACUUCGGCCAGUUAAUGGCUUACCUGCUACCGACGGUUGAAGUCGCUUCGAUUCUGGGAGUGCUGCUGCAGACCAUUUGCUUCUUGUUCAAUGGAUUCAACCCGCCUGCAUCGUCAAUUCCAAGCGGGUACGAGUGGGUAUACCACAUUACGCCGCACAAGUACUCGCUGGCGGUAAUCGCGUCGCUCGUCUUCGGUGACUGCCCAAGUGACGGUGAUGGCUCGGACGUUGGAUGUCAAGUCAUGACGGGCGUGCCUCCUUCCAUCUCUCCGGACAUGACGGUGAAGCAAUACUUGGAAGAUGUCUUCCUGAUGAAGCACAGCGAGGUUUGGGAGAACUUCGGCUACGUCUUGGGCUUCAUCGUGCUCUUCAGUCUGCUGGGACUGCUAGCUCUGCGCUUUGUCAACCACCAGAAGAAGUAG